AUGGAUUCGGAGGCUCAAGUGGCUGCUAAAGAUUUGAUGGAUAUCAAAAUUAGCCUUUCAGCUAAGCCCAAAAAAUCACCAGAUUUAGGGGAAAAGAGGGAAAUAAUAGAGGAGGUCCUUAGUGGGGUGUUUUCAACAACAAAGAAAUGGAGGAGAAGACAUAAGGUUUCUUUGGCAACCUUUCUAUCAAAUCCCCUCGAAGUGAACAAAGGAAAACAAAAGCAAGGCUAUGCGGGAGGAGCUAUGGGUACAGAUUUGGAAGUCAUUUUGCAAAAAAGAAGCAAU